AUGUCCUACGACGGCAUCGUCAGCCACGUGCGUCAGGAGGGCUUCCACGUCAUCGUGGGCGAUGCCCGUGGCGGACGUGGCCACGAAGGUUUUCUACAUAUCUCCAAGCUGCCCACCCGCGUGAAAUCGGCCUACGAGGUCGCCAAAGUCUGCGACAAGGUUCGGACGAAGGUGUUGGGCAUCCAUAAAGGAGGUCGCCUUGAGCUUGCUUGGGCGGCGAAGAAGCCCCCCCACCGACACCUGCGGAGGGGCCAGUGGAUGACUGGUAAAGUCUACAACAUCCAGAAAUUUGGGAUUUUCGUGGAGGUUGCCACAGAAGAUGGCCCAUGCCAAGGCUUGGUGCACAUCUCGGAAAUCAAAGAG